AUGCCAUCUAGGAAUAAACUAAGGAAGACCAGCAGUGCUAAUAUCACAUCAUCCGAGUGCUCAAAAGAGUUGCGUGAUCUACCGGAGAAGGACUAUCAUCAGCUCCUCGCCUCAGUGGCUGGAUUACCCAAGAAGAUUUUGGCAUCGGAAUCAGGAGGAGUAUCUCCUGGAGCUGGCGCUGAUGUGGUAACUUGUGGACGUGAACAAGAAAAGCUAACGCCAGCUGCGCAAUCAUGUCUGGAAAAGCUGGUAGGCGAGAUCAAGAAUAACAACAACAGCUUCAUGGACUACAAAAUCGGAAAAUGUACAACGUUCGAUGAUUCCGUCAUGACUAGAAGAAUAGAGGCGUUUUCAGCUUUCACUUCAACUAAAAAGAAACCGGUGCGGUAUGAAAAGGAAGAUAUGAAGUUUAUAGAUGAAGACAAUGACGUAGAGAUGAUGGAUUUGAGUUCGAAAAGUGGUCUCACACUAACAUUCACCCGUGGUAAUCACGAACAAACUGCAACAGAGUAUAUGGACGACGAUAUAGAAGCCGGUUUGAAGCCUCUCGGCGAUAUCCCACCUACCAAUACUUUCUUCGAUGAAUGGAACGAAGUGAGCAUUUUUAGUACUUGCUUUUUUUAUCGAUCUUUUCGCUUUUGA